AUGGUUGCGCAGUCGGAUGAUGAAGUGGUUCUGCUGGAAACAGUCCAACUACAACUGGUAGAUGAUCAUGGCAAUAAACAUACACCACGAGCACUGUUAGAUUCCGGAUCGAUGUGCAACUUUAUCUCCGAUUCUAUGGCCCAUCGACUGUUGACACCGCUGUCCAAAGUAAGCAUUGCUGUAACGGGUAUAGAGCAAAUCAAACAGCACGUGAAGGGUUCCAUCACAGCGACCGUUCGAUCCUUCCAUUCGUCAAUGGAAUUUCUAGUGCUCAAGACUCCGUCAGCUGAAAUUCCAACCAUUCCCUUAAACAUUGCGAAAUGGAACAUCCCAAACGUACAGUUGGCAGACUCGUCUUUCCACGUUCCGGGAAAGGUCGAUGUUGUAAUCGAUGGAAACACGUUCUGGGAGAUACAUACUGGAAGGAAACAGUCAUUGGGUAACGGAAGGCCAUGGCUGAUAGAAACUGCGUUUGGAUGGGCGGUCUCGGGGAAUACUUCCCAACUUGCUGGCCCCAAUCUACGAUUGUGUCACACGGCCGCCAACGAAGGUGCCAUCGAACGCUUGCUCCAGCGGUUUUUAAAGGCUGAGAGUACUAUGGAAGGUCCUGCCUUGUCAAUUGAGGAGGACAUGUGCAAAAAACAUUACGUAGCUACCACGAGCCGUAAUGCACAAGGUCGCUACAUUGUGUCUUUGCCGCGAAGCCCCAAACCUGAAAGAACGCUGGGUUUGUCAAAAGAGAUAGCAGAUCGUCGUUUACUGGGUGUAGAACGUCGACUGAAGGCCAAUCCUGAAAUGGAAAGGGAAUAUAUUAAAUUUAUGAGAGAGUAUGAGUCGUUGGGACACAUGAUCAAACUCACGGAACCCGUUGAUGACAACAAACCACAUUGCUACAUUCCUCAUCACGCGGUAGUCAAAGAGACCAGUACAACUUUACGUUACGAAACAACAACCAAGGUGCGUGUUGUUUUUGAUGCAUCCUGCAAAACAACAUCUGGCUACUCGCUAAGCGAUACUCUGCUGAGUGGUCCAACAGUGCAGGAUGAUCUGCUUACAAUCAUCCUACGCUUUCGAAAACACGCUGUCGCAAUAGUGGCAGACGUAGAGAAAAUGUACCGGCAGAUUCGUCAUUGUGAAAACGAUCGAAAUCUAUUGCGCAUACGUUACCGUGAAUGUCCCUCCGAUCCCAUUUCCACGUAUGAGUUGCAAACGGUGACCUACGGUACCGCAACAGCAUCAUUUCUAGCUACUCGAACGCUACAACAAAUUGCGCACGACCACAAACAACAAUACCCUUUGGCAGUCGACCCAGUGCUACAUGACUUUUAUGUGGAUGAUUUGUUGACUGGAGCAGAAGAUGUAGUAGAGGCCGUUGGAAUGCGAACGCAAAUUUCGCAAAUGCUUGAAUCGGCAGGUUUCCUCUUGAAGAAGUGGGCAUCUAACGUCUCCGAAGCGCUUGAAGGAGUUCCGAGCGACGAUCUAGCGAUCAAAUCAGUUCUAGACUGGCAGGAAGAUCAAGCGAUUUCAACAUUGGGCUUGGUUUGGGAACCGUCUAACGACAUGCUACGGUUCAGAGUCGACCUUCCACGACCAGCUCAAGAGCUUACGCGAAGUUUGGUCUUGUCUUACACGGCCAGAAUCUUCGAUCCCCUGGGCCUACUAGGGCCAACGGUAAUACUUGCCAAAAUGUUUCUGCAGCGAUUAUGGGGGUUGAAGCAAGACGGCAAAACGCCUGAUUGGGAUCGCGCACUACCAAUGGACCUGCAAGAGGAAUGGAGAAAGCUGCACAAUACAUUGUACUCGCUACGCGAAUUACGAGUGCCUCGGUUUGUUUCACAAUCCGGCACAGAAGACCUGCAGCUACAUGUAUUCGCUGAUGCUUCACAAGGAGCAUAUGGAGCAUGCUGCUAUGUACGAGCAGUAUCCGCAAGAGGCAUCCAGGUCAGAUUACUAGCUGCCAAGUCCAAGGUGGUAGCGUUAGCAAACACGAACUCAAUCGCCCGGUUGGAGUUGUGUGCAGCACGGCUAGCAGUACACCUGUUUCAGAAGGUGGUUUCUGCACUCAAGGUGUCAGCUACGGCUAUCUGUUGGACAGAUUCGAUGACAGUAAUGCACUGGCUGAACUCAUCACCGCGUCGCUGGAAACCAUUUGUGGCCAACAGGGUGGCACAAAUACAGGAAGAAACGCGUAUCUCCAGCUGGCGUCAUGUUCCUGGAGUUGAUAACCCGGCGGAUGACAUCUCGCGCGGGCUGAGUCCGGAAGAAUUGCUGCAGUGUACACGUUGGUGGCAUGGACCGAGUUGA